AUGGCAACCACUUUGACGAUCUUCCCAGGAGUACCCGCGUCAGAUGUUCAUUGGAGCAAAUUUGGGGAGUGGUACAACAUCGCGCUGAUCACCUUUUUCAACAUUGGCGACCUCUCUGGGAAGGGCCUUCCCCUGUGGUUGCCCACCAUAAGGUCGCAAACACACACACUAUUGUGGUGUUUGCUGCGAUGCCUGUUUGUGCCAAUCUUCUUUGCAGCCGUGCACUUGUUUCCCAACCCACUCUUGAUGAUAGGCCUGACCCUGGCUCUUGGGAUUACGAAUGGGUUCCUGCACGCCAACACCUACAUGCUGGCACCCCAGGCAGUGGAUACGGGCGAGCUGGACGUUGUCGGGAGCAUUCUGGUCUUCACCGAAUUGCUUGGGCUCAGCGUGGGAGCGAUUUUCAGUUGGCUGUGGCUGUGGUUAGAAUAG